UUGUAGUUCACGGUUCUCCACGAGAGGACUUCAUAGUCUCUCUUGUUGACGGUUGACCCAUUAUUGGUGCAAAAAUCAGAAGCGUCAAAACGAUAGUUGACGACUCCGAAUAAUAUUGUUGCAUGUUAUUGUUGUGUAAGGAAAAAAAGACUAAAAAAUAAAAAACUGAACAAUAGUGCAACUAUGUUAAACCAGGCGGUGGUAGAGGCUCUUUACUCGGCAACAUAUAUCGAAAAUUACUUGGACUGCGUGGAAAAUCUGCCAAACGAUCUGCAGAGGCACGUUUCCCGUUUGCGCGAGCUGGACGCCACUUGUCAAACAUAUUUACGUGAAGUUGAUCAGCAUCAGGAAACAUUACAAAGCGAUACAGAUCCUGUGAUAAAAAGGAGAGCAUUGCUAAGAGUACAGCAAGCUCUGAUUGCGGCGCAAGAAAUAGGAGACGAAAAAUUACAAAUUAUUCAGCAAGUACAAGAUCUUAUAGAGAACAAAUCUAGGCAGUUAGACUUAGACUAUCGGAACUUAGAUUUUGGAAAGGAACAAGAGAGCUCUGAAGUUCGUGAAUCAAACAUGAGCAACAGUUCGAAUACUGCAAGCCAUGCAAACAACAUAGAACGCCACCCAAAACGUGCGAGAAGAACGAGGACUGAAACCUUGAUGGAGUCAGCCCAUUCCAUGGAUAUAAUGGAUAGAAUGACAGAGACGAGGUCUUCGACAAUGUCUAGUAUAAGCAAUGGAAAUCAAAAGAAAACAACAACAGCCACUACUGGUAAGAAAAAGAAACGAAAAUCUCGGCAAGGUACUCAACAAAAUCAGCAUCGCGAGGAUACACCGCCGCCACCAGAGGAUGAUCUCGCAAUAGAUCCUGACGAGCCAACUUACUGUCUAUGCGACCAGAUAUCAUAUGGCGAGAUGAUUCUAUGUGACAAUGAUCUAUGUCCUAUAGAAUGGUUCCACUUUUCAUGUGUUUCUCUGACCACUAAGCCUAAAGGUAAAUGGUUCUGUCCUAAGUGUCGUGGCGACCGACCCAACAUCAUGAAACCCAAAGCGCAAUUUCUCAAAGAACUAGAAAGAUACAAUAAGGAGAAGGAGGAGAAAUCAUAGCAAGAACACAAUGAAAAACUUGAGAAUUUCGGAAAACGUAAUUGGACGUAAUCCAGGGUUUUAUGACAUAUAAAUUUUAAUUUUGAACCAUACGUGUGUGUACUAAGAUUGUAUUCUUCGAAAUAUUGAGUUGUAUUGAUUUCUUCUUUUCGUGAAAUCAUGAGCAUCUCUUAAAUGUAAAAAUAUGUUUAUAAAUAUGUUUCUAUUGCAUUUAAAUUGUAAAGGAUAAAUGAAUGUACCUAAUAUUUAUGCUUGUACAUAUAAUGUCAUAUUAAAUGAUUCACAAGUUUUAUGUUUAAAU